UGGAAUGAGGCAACCUCAAGCAUUGUCCAAUUUGUGGGAAAUAGCAGCUAUUGUGAACACUACUUAAAAAUUACUUCUUGAAGGAUAAUCUUGUUCUUUAUUCCCCUUCGAAUUCUUUCAUCCUCAAAAACUACAACGUGCGGAAUGAUAUAUAUAUAAGCCUUGCAGGCAGCUGUGUAAGCCAAACAUAUAGCACUUCACUUCAUAUAAGAUAGGUUUAAGAGACAUGAAAACUUGAAAAAAGGAGCAAACUCGGGUUAUAGUAUAUUUGUAACAACAACACUUUUGAAAUAAAACUUCAUAUAUAUAGGAUGAGUAUAAUUAAGCAAAUGGCCUAUGAUCAAACCAUAAAAUACAAAUUAUUAAGACAUACGUAUACAAUACCAUACAAAUAACAAACCAUACUAACUAAGAUAAAAGAUCGAACAACUUGACAGCACGCGACCGGCACGUACUGCAUGUGAACAGAUUUAAGGGCUAGUGGCUGAAGGUGGUGGGGAGAGAAAUGGGAUGGAGGGAAUUGUAGUAGGGAUAUUGAUAGGGAUCCCUGAGGGGAAGCUUGGCAAUGGAGGCAAUGUAACCUUAGGGAUCGUUGGCAUAGUGGGGAAACUUGGCAGUGGAGGUAGCUGUGUUGUGGGUUUAGGUAGCGAUGGCUGGUUGAUUGGCAAGUUUGGUAAAGUGGGUUGUGGCAGUGUUGGCAGAGGAGGUAAAGGUGGCAGUGUUGAAGGAGGUUUAGGCAACAUCGGUGGCAGUGUUGAAGGAGGUUUAGGCAACGUCGGUGCACCGGUCUGCAAAAGAUUACGCCCCGCUACGGUGACAUGGAUGCUGGAUGAGCACAAGAUAACGAAGAUAGCUAAGAAGCAGUACUUGCAAGAGGCCAUUGGUUCAAGCUAGCUCUCUCAAAAUGAUUUGGAAGUAAUUCUAAUGAGUAUGAUUUGGCCGGUUUAUAUAGCCAGCCAAGUG